AUGUCGGAUUCUUCUUCGGCGCCAAAUGAGCAGAAGGUUAUGCUGGAAUUCCAUCGGACGGUCUUGUCAUUAUGGAGCGACUUGAUAUUAAGGUAUUAUAUGGGAGCCGAAAUGAAGAAAGGACUCAUAUUCCAGGCAGACGGAUCCGCGUCUUGCCUAACCAUGAGGGCUCUGGAUGGGAUGGGAUGUGACCUACUCAAUAUCUCAUGUGAGAAUCCCGCAGGAACCAGUCAAGACCCGGUUUGCGAGCUCAAUUUCGAAUCGGCAUGCCACUGUCCUACAAUGAUGAAACCUUUCCUCACCAAAUAUCUCAGAGUGCCCCCCAUAUAUAGUUGCAGUACCAGACUAGUUACUCCCAGACUGUUAAUCAAGACCAUUCUCGACAGCGGGUACGACCUACAAGAUGACUUCCAAACAUUUAUGCAAGAUUUCAAUCUCAAUGAACUUGAAGUCGUCAAUCCACUACUCAUACGACCUGAAAACUAUGUCGCUCCAAGAUACCAUAUAUCACUACUGGAUCUGUUGGGACUAACCAACACCAAUCCGGCGGUUCUAGCGGUUCAAAUACCAGUUGGUCAAUGCACUCUCAAUACAUAUUUCUUCACGGGAGAUACGUUUACCGCUGCCGAAGCUGAGCCGGUGAACAUCGAGGUGAAGAAGCUCAAGGGGGCGGUUUUGGUCCAUGAGCAUUAUACUGUGAUUCCCUCGACUCACUUGUUUCUUCUACGCCACCACGAGUUUGUGACGGAUCGAGCGAGGUUGCACAAAAUCCUUUUGUCGAAUGAGAAGUUUAGUCCCGUGUUGAACGGCGGGGACCGGUUGGUUAGUGGAGAGCGUCAAGUGGCUGGCGUAGAGCGUCAAGUGGUUGGCGUAGAGCGUCAAGUGGUUGGCGUAGAGCGGCAAGUGGUUGGCGUAGAGCGGCAAGUGGUCGGUGGAGAGCGGCAAGUGGUUGGUGGAGAGCGGCAAGUGGUUGGUGGAGAGCGACAGACGAGUGGUAGCAGUCGUCAAGUGAGCAGCAGCCGGCGAGUAAGCGGAGGAAGUCGGCAAGUGAGUGGUGGAAGUCGGCAAGUGAGUGGUGGAAGCCGACAGGUGAGUGGAGAUCGGCAAAUAAGUGGGAAUAUAUACGAUCCGGAUGCCACGUUGCUCAUCCAGUUUGAGGACGACUUGGCUAGUUUAUCUAGCAGCGCCACGGAGUCUACGUCCGUAUACGACCAGAGAGUGUUAUGGGCCGUUACCACGGAUCGGCAGGCGGAGGGCGUGGGUGGCUACGAGUCCGUCAGUAGAAGGCACUGGGAGGACAGUGGAACAACGGAGCAGAUUAAGCUCAGUAUGAUGCGGCCCAUUCCUUUGGGGUAUCUCGCUCCGCUCUCCCCCGCGUCUGUCCGAGUCUCGGUCGCAGUUGCGGUGCAAAUUGCGCGGGCUUUGGACAAGUAUUUGAGAUACGGCGGAUUCUGGAAAGGCACUUACUCAGCAGUUCAGGUUAAGUGGCCCAACGACCUGGUUUGCUGUAACUCCACCCAUGUGCCACCUGGUCGGGUUUCCCGUCCGCGAGGUCUGCUCUCCUCCACUUCCUCCCUACCUGCCGCUAAUGCGCCAGGACCAGGACCGGGUGCUUCCGGUUCUGGUUCGAGUCCCGCAACCAGUUCUGGUUCGAGUCCCGCAACCAGUUCUGGUUCUGGUUGCCAGGGCCGACUAAUUGAGACCUAUAAGAAACUCGGUGGCGUCAUUGCCGACCCCGUGCCUUACGGCACCUCCUCGCUCGUCAUUGACCCCUCGAAUGAGCUCCACACGGUCUCCCUCAUGGACAAAACCAUGGACACACGCGCCCAGGCCUACGAAUGCUACAUGUGCAUCUCAACCGGACUCAAUGUCAACUCUGUCCCGGAAGGGCUACGGUCCAUCGCCUGCUGCUUGAAGGAUUUAACUUCCGUCCCUCUAGACCUGCAGGAGAUACAAAACGCCGUCGUGGCUGCUCUAGUCGAACCCAUGAACCUCGCCGACCUCCAAUCUUGGGCUGAGACACAAAAGGCGUGGGCUUUCAAAAAUCGAAGAAUUACUUGUUACGACGAAAAACACUCCAUUAUUGACCAAGGCCUACUACUCAAUAUCGAUCUCUGUGCAGGCCAACUAGUACUAGAUCAUGGCGUGGUUCAACCUAGAUCCGUCGCCAUUAUAGACUGA